AUGUCGUUCUUUGGAUUUGGUAAGAGUAAGACACCACCAGAGUCUACAGUCUCGUCAUCAUUGUCUGAAUCAUACGAGUAUGAAGAACCAUCGUAUGAUUAUAGUGCACCAUCAGUGCCAUCGUCCUUUGAUUCACCAACCUCUUCAUCGUCUCUUCAGGGAAAUGGUCCAUCUACUGGUGCUGCAGAAGUGCAGCAAAUGAUUAUGGAAGAGCAACAGCGUGCAUUGAUUCAACAGGCUAUUUCAAAGAUUACAGCAAUUGCUUGGGACAAAUGUAGUGCCAGUAAACCUGAUUCAGAGCUUUCAUACAAGGAGAAGGACUGUAUUAAGAACGUGACACUUGCUUACCUGGACACGAGUAUGUUUGUCGUCCAUCGUCUUAACAAAUCCGGUACUACUUGA